UUUCUUUCCCUCUUUCUCUGUUUCUUUUUUUUUUUUUUUUUUUGCUCUGGGGUUUCUCUGACUCACUUCCUUUUACCAGACAAACAUUCUCAUACACAGAGAGAGAGAGAGAGAGAGAGAGAGAGAGUGUGUGUGUGUGUGUGUGUGAGAGAGAGAGAGAGAGAGAGAGUUAAGCAUGAUUGGUUGGGAGAAGCAGCAGCAAGAAGAGCAGGAACGAAGAGAUAAUGGUGGGAACGUUAAUGGGAAUGGAGUUCUGUAUGUGAAGGUCAUGACUGAUGAGCAAUUGGAAACCCUUCGUAAGCAAAUUGCUGUUUACGCUACCAUUUGUGAACAGCUCGUUGAGAUGCACAAAAACCUCACUGCCCAACAAGAUCUUGCAGGAGUCCGGCUGGGAAAUCUGUACUCUGAUCCUUUCAUGACAUCUGCUGGCCACAAAAUUACUGCUAGACAACGUUGGACUCCAACACCUAUGCAGCUACAAAUUCUUGAGCAAAUAUUUGAUCAAGGGAAUGGAACUCCAAGCAAGCAAAAAAUCAAAGAAAUCACCUCUGAACUGAGUCAGCAUGGUCAAAUUUCUGAAACUAAUGUCUAUAAUUGGUUCCAGAAUAGGCGUGCUCGAUCCAAGAGGAAACAACAAAAUUCAGCUCCCAACAAUGCUGAAUCAGAAGUAGAAACAGAAGUUGAAUCACCUAAGGAUAAGAAAACAAAACCUGAGGAAUUUCAGUCUCAAGAUAACUCAGCUCCAAGGGCUGAAGAUUUAUGCUUUCAGAGCCCUGAUAUUGGUUCUGACCUACAUUUCUUGGAUUCACAUACCAAUAAAACAGAAAGUAUUUUCCCAUCAAACAGCGGUUUGAGGCCUGGCAGAAAUUUGGGCCAAAUGUCUUUCUAUGAUGGUCUGCUACCAAACACAAGAAAUGACCACCUGACCGGCAAGAUGGAAAUGCAUGGGGGCUAUGGUCUAUACGACCACGCAGAAGAUUACAGCAUGACUGGAUGAUAUGCUCAUUAUUACCUGAGGAGUUCUACCAUGGCUGCAUGCCCUGAUGUUGUCUAUUAGCAUCCAAAGAACUUUAAUCUUGUCUAUAAUAUGGAUUUUAGAAAUAUAUACCUAGUCUAACCUAGAAGAGAGUUAUGUGAUCGUUUCCUUUCUCUCUCUUUUUUUUCUUUUUUUUUUUUUUUUUUGGGUGGUCUACGAGGGAGCAGAUUUGUGGUUUGAAUACCCUUAAAACUGAAAUUCUGGUUGGAGAGUAGAAUAGAUAUAUACCAGUUUUAGUUUUUAUCUUUUGCAAACUGGUUUUUUGUAUUUUGACUGAUCAUUCUAAGAGUUUGCCUUUUUCCACUGCUUGUUUAUAUAAUGAAUGUCUGAUUUCUUUUA